GUUAAUGAACGAUUGAUGUGUCGCUGCGGUGGUGCACACUCCGGAAAAGUAAAUCUUCAUUUCUUAAUUGGCGCCAAAAUAUGUUUGGAAGAUGAGAAAGAUAUUUUAAUUUGUUAUUGGCAUUCUUGUCAAUUAAAGAAUCUAAAUAAGGUUAGAGCAUAAGGUACUGAUAAGCUGCAAAAAUGGUUGUCCAAACACCAGCCAGCGCUUCCCCAAUGUCUGCCAGGAGAAGGCGUGGCCUUGCCAUGACAAUGCAGACACCCACUGACAAUAUCGCUUGCUUAGAAGCUAAUAAUGAUGAGGAAGAGAGAAGACAACGAAAGCGAUCAUUGUUGUUGUCAAAUAAUCUUUUAAGCCCAGUUGCUGGACAUACAACCCCGAAGUCAAGGACUGCUUCUGCUACUGAUGGAGAUGCAAGCAGAGCUCAUGCUGGUAUGACCUAUGCACAGUUAAGAGAACACAAUGCCAACUGUAUAAAGCUGUCAUCUGAAAAUAAAAUUAAUGCCAAAAAUGCUUUUGCCCUGCAUCUGAUAGACUACAUGAAAGUCUUGGUGACUCAGUCACAGAAGGAUGACACAACUAAUUUUCAGAGUGCAAGUUGCACCUUAGAUGCUGGUGUGAAGAUUUAUGCUGGACGAGUUGAUUCUGUACAUGCUGAUGCAUAUAAGAUGUUGGGAAGCUUAGGAAGGGCAACUGUUGAAGAAGAUGAAAGUGAGCAACAAACUGAUGGGCCAGAAAAGCCGGAGAAGAAGAAAAAGACUACACGUGGUCCUGGGAAGACAAUUGAGAAAAACUUGAAGUCAUUAAACUGCGAAAGUUUUGAUUUGACGUUUGAGGUUGAUCCGUUCUUCCACAAAACAUCAGCAACAUUUGAUGAAGGAGGCACCAGUGGACUGUUAAUCAAUAAUCUUCUUGUCAUAGACGAAUCAUAUGAACUUGCUCUUGAUUCUCAAACCAAAAUGACAAUGACCGAAGAGCCUGCAAAAAGCACCAAAUGCAGCCCAGUUAACCUAGCUCCCUUUAAAGAUAUUACUUCAAGAUUAUUUGAAAACAACAUUGAGAUAUGCCCGCAGUUUCGAGAUUUCAUAUUUACCGAAUGGGACAGAGAUUCACAGAGUCUUAUUCCUGAGCACAAUGACAAGACAUCAAACGACAACCAUCGCUUCGAUCAAGACGCCUCAAUUUUGGAGCCCGAUGCUGAAGACCCAGGCAUCGAUUAUGCUUCUGAUGGUGGUUACAGUGGAGGAGCCGAUGACGACGAGAUGUCUAAUGGCAGUUGUGCUGACCAAGGUGCAAUUACAGAUAUCAUUUCAGGAAACAACAAGCCCGAUGGUUUAACUGAAGGUCCAUUUGCUGGAACUGGCCAAUUAGGACUGGAGUUUUCUCUUCAACCAAGCGAAUACUCUUAUUUUCGUCAAGAUAUUCUUGAUACCUGGGCAGGUCCCCAUCAUUGGAAAGUACGUGGGAAACCAACGAAAGCAGGCUUAGCAGAUGGGGAAACAUCGAAGAAAAAGCGACAGAAAAAAGUCUUUACUUUCAAUUAUGAUGACGACUUCUUGAUAAGUGGAAUCGAAAAAUUAGGCAAGGCGUCAAAAACACUUGCGAAAAUCACCCUGAAGAAGAUGUCUAUAACCAACACAACCCUGCCCGAUGACAUCCACUACGAGGCGGAAAACUUUUUAAAACUCUUCAUUAAGCCUGCAGUUAAGAUAAGGAGAAAGUUCAAGUCAACUGUCGACGGUGAAAAUGAUGUAUACGUAUACAAUUAUGAGAACAGAUUUGAUCAAGACAAUUUCUGUCCAGCAUUUCAGAAUGAGGAUGAUGAUGACGAUUACGGCCCGAGCGAUGACGUCAUGAAUAACAAUACAGGGGUCACAGGAGAUUCAAUAGCAAAUGCAACCCAUCGUGGUUUUGACGAUACGGUGGGAGACCAAACGUUUUUUGGCGGAGAUAACCUGGUCAGCCAGCCGAACAAGGUUGAGAAAAUUAACAUAGCAUAUGCAAAAACGGCGAAAAGAAUAGACAUCAAAAAACUGAAAAGAUCGAUUUGGGAGACGCUCGACUUCACUGAAGGUGAAACUGUCAAGGAAAAUGUUGUUGACAAAUCUCCUCGAAAAUCGAAACCAGAUACACCCGAAAAGCAAGAAUUAAAAAGCUUCAAAGAAGUUUACUCAGUGUUACCAGAAAAAUUAUCUCAGAAUGCGUCGAAGAAUCUGAGUGUUCCGAUUGCAUUUGUCUGCUUGCUAUAUUUAGCCAACGAAAAGGGAUUGGAGCUUUUCAGCUCAGACACUAUGGAAGAUUUCAAGAUCGGAAUUGAAGGCCCUAGAACUGAAGCCCACACAUAAUAGACACUGCUUGCUUGUUUGCUCUGUCGGCAGUAAAGUUGUUACAGAAUUAUUUAACCUUAAUUUGUAGUAUCGUCUCUUUGCAGGUCUUGAUGCGCGAGCUAUUGAGAUGCAUUUCUUUGUGUACAGAAUGGUACACAUGAUUUAUACUGUAUUUGUUGCAGUGGCGUAACGGAGGCCUUUGGGGCCCUUAGAAGUAAAGCUAAAACAGGGCCUGUACUGUAUCUACGGGCUGCAAUAGGUCCUAUCUAAUGGUGUAUAUCAUAUUAAACAAAGUAGCAAGACGCAAAAAUGAUGACUUUCUCGUUCACUAGGUGGGACCUGAGCUACAAGCGUCAGUUAAAGAGCUUUGAAAGUUGCUGAGGGCCCGUUUUGAUUAGGGCCCCUUAAUAUCGACCGUAAGUGCCCUAAAUUGCGUUACGCCACUGAUUUGUUGAUAAUUGCACUUUUAAAGCCUUCUACUAAAUAGCAUAAGCAACUAAUUACUAACGAUGUUGACUGUAGUUUUUUAUCUGAUCUUCUUAAUAUAAUUCAUUGAGAUUUUCUCGCUGUCCUUUUUCUCU